UAAUUAAAUUAAAUAAAUGAGUGAAGCCGCCGUACCAAAUACUACUCCAGAAGCCCCAACCAGUGAUGCUAAGAUAGGUCAAAAGAGAAGAAUCGAGGACGUAGAGAAAGAUAAAGAGAAUCAUGGAUCAGAGACCAUCAAUUCUAACGAAAAGAGGGCCAAAGUUACUGAAGAUACUGACUCAAAGAAAGUCGAUCUUGCCAAGAAGCAGCCUUCAGAGUCUACCACUGCUAAAGAAGAGGAAGAAUCUGUUGACACUUCCUCUAAAAAGCCAGACCAAGAUACUGCAGAGGGCAAGAGAGUGCCAAAGCCAGUCACAUCUAAAGAAGAAGAGAAAGCUGAAAAAGGCGCAAUAAAAGAAAUGCUCAAUGAGGAAGAUGAAGACGAUAAAGAAGAAAAUGAGUUCAAAAUGGGAGAAAAAGAUGGCGAAAAGGAAAAGGAUGAUGAAGACUCAGAUGCAGACAAGGUCUCACUUGAGGACGAGAAUGUUGAAGACCUCCAGAAGGAAGAUAAUUUCGACAUGGAAGGCUACCUUAAGUUUAGACAACAAGAGGAUGCUUAA